GAAGUUCAACAGUACACACGCGCCAGCACAGUAAUUUCUUAACAUUUUCCACCGCGUUUCCUCUCACUAUCCUUUUCUCUCACUUGCUUUUGUCUCUCUUGUAGUUAUAACUUAUAAUCCCCCUGGGUUUCUUUCCCUUGUUCAGAAAAAUAAAGACUUUCAUAGGAUGCCUAUAAGAGAACUAGAACACACUUAUUCUCUUCGAAUUCUUCACUUUUAGUGAAAAUCCCCAUCUGGGCAUCCUUCAAAAUCCAAUCUUUUCUAAACCCAACAUGCCUUUGCCAUGGAAAAAGAGCAGAGUUUCAAGAUUUUCACGUCUUGUGGCAGAUCUUCAGUCACCAAAAAGAGGGAAUUCUCUUGUUGUUGAGACUGGUUUCCCUACUUCUCUUAUUGAUCUCUUUCACAAGAACCGUGAAAGGUUAAAGAAACUAACUGCCAAGAAGAAAAAGAGGAGACAACAACAGUUGCAAGAGGUGGAGGAGGAACUUGUAAUCUCUGAUCCAAUUCCUUUAUCAAGUACUCGAGAUUUGGUGGAUGUACCAGAGCCUAUUCAGAAUUUGGAGAAUGUGGAAAGUUUUGAUGCUUGUGAAUUGGUGAGUCAGUUAUUGCCUGUAGUUGAAGGUGUUGAUGAUGUUGAUAAUGUUACGGUUACUGAUAAGAAAUGUUGGGGUGAGAAAGAGAAACGUUUGUUAUUUGUGGUUUUGAAGAUGUUUUUGGUGUUGGUUUUGGGUUUAAGUACUAAAGGGCUUGUUGUUGGGAUAACAAUGUCUGCUUUUGUGCUCAUUUUUCUUGAAUAUGUUGGGAAACAUGUGUUGUGUUUCUUGAAACCAUGUUUGACUGUAGAGCUAGUCUUAGAACCUUUUGUCGAAAGGGUUUCCUCAUCAUUUUUUAUGUUGAAAGGGGUAAGGAAAUGUGAAGAUUCGAGUAAAGGAUUGACCAUUCAAGAAAUAGAUCAAGAAGAAGCUGUUAGUGGGGUUGAUUCAUGUGAUUUGAUUGAGACUGAGGAAAUUCAAGCUGUAGAAUUUAAUUUUGAUAUGAUUGUGCCAGUCGAAGAAAAUAGGGGAGCCGAAUCAAGAAUGGAUUUACUCAGUUGUGAUGGGAAAAAGAUCAGGAUAUUGGAGAUAGAGGAAGAUAGAAGUGGAGUUUUGGUAUGUGAAAAAGAGAAGAGCCGAAACUGUAAGAUCAGAAGAAAGAUUAUACAGAAAUUAGUGCCCAAGAAGUUGCGCGCUGUAAAGAAGGCAAAGAAGAAUAAUGAAAAGGAACCAGAUUUUGGUAGUGAAUCAUCUAGCUGUUGGGGAGACGAUGAGGGGAGAAUUGAAGGGCUAGAAGAUGGUGAUAAACAAGGGUUUGAAAACAAAGGCAAAGUUUUGCUAUCAGAGUUGCUAGAAGAAGAAGAAGAAGAAGAAGAAGAGGAAAUAAAUGAGAGAAAAGGAAAAGAACCCUAUCAGGGAAUUUCUAGUUCUAGCACUGGAUGGCAGGCUAAAAUGGAAGUGGUUGUAGUCGAAAAGGGGAAAACCGAAAAAAAGGGCAGUUCAGAUUACCUGAUUCUCAUUUUUGUUGCGCUUGCUGGACUUGUAGGAGGUCGGAGUCUAUCCCUUGUGCUUACACUUGCAUCAUGUUUGAUGAUAAAAUUGGUUGCAAGAUAUAGAUGUGUAAAUGAGCCUAUUAAUAGGUCCCCUGCUUCAAUUUCAAGCUAGGAUCUUUGGUGAUCUUUUGUUCAAAAAGGGUCUUUCUUGGUUUUUACAAUUUAUUUUUGCAGUUUUUGCUUCUGGGGAAAGUGUUCUUCAAGCGUUCAAACUGUAUAAAAGAUGCUCAGUCUGGUGAGCAAUCACAACCUUUUUGUUGGGAUUCCAACUUGAGGUGUUGUAUCCUGAACUGUAAAUUUACAGACACAGAAUCAAGAUUCAUAAAUACUUUCAAUGCUUAGUUGGUGGAAAUUUUCUGC